GAUGGAAUCCUAGAUGGCCGCGCCCAUGUUCGGACUUGGAGGGAAACUCUGACUAGGCCCAAACACCAGGAAGUGAGCACAAUGAUAAAUAAACACUGUAACAAUGGAAGACAGCGCUGUUGGGUACUUUGCACAGAAGCAGCAACUUCUGCAGGAGACUUCAUGCUGGAUCAUCACUGGCGGACCUCUGUGUGUGGAUACAGCGCGCACGGACCUUUGCGCCAGCCAGGACAGACAUCGCAUAGGGACAUCCCUGCAGCGCGCCUGUGACUCCCCGUUCCUCAACAUAGCAACCCACAGUUGCUAAGUAACCAAAUACAUAAACUAACAGCCGGGGGGCGGCGGGCCCAAGUCCUUCACGAGUUUCCAUAGCAACCAUCCCACAGUGGCUUGGGACACAGCUUGUCCGCGGGUAAUGACGUCAGGGACCAGGAGGACGGCGUCCGGAAGGCGGGCUGCACGGAUGCACCUGUAGUCUCACACUGCUAUUUAAGAAGGAAAGAAGGUGUUUAAUUAAAAUAACAUCAUUUUAGAGUUUCAAUAUACCUAUGGAAAGAAUGUCAGGAACCAUUUCUAUGCAGACCUUGGUGACGUUUAAUGAUGUUGCUGUGUAUUUCUCUGAAGAAGACUGGAUGUGCUUGGAAGAAUGGCAGAAGGAGUUGUAUAGAAAUGUCAUGCAAGAAAUUCAUGGUGUCUUGACUGCCAUGGGAUAUAGUAUAAACAACCCUGAUGUGUUGAUACGAAUACAAAAUCAGGAAACAAGCAGGUUUGGUAAUAACCACGAAGCAGCUAAGAGGAAAAGCAGCUGUAAAUUUGCACAUGGUAUUCCCUUAAAUAAUCCUGAUAUUCUUCUACGUGUUAAGCAGCAUGACAGCAUAUUUCUAGAGGAUCACGUUGAGUCUCAAGAAGAAACACACAGAACAAUUAAUAAUAUACAGCAACUUGACAAUACAUCAGAAAUUGGUAAGGAUGAAGUUCAGUGUUUGAAAAAUCCCCUAGGUGGUACGUUUCAGGAAAGUGUUGGUGUUUCCAAACCACUUGGAGACCACACCUGGAAAAAAGAUGUAGAAGGACAUAUAAUGGAUGUGAUAGAGAGCAGUAAAGCCAAGGAGAAUACCCUGCAAUGGAAGGACCUGUUUGACAAAAAGGAAACAAAAACAUCACCGAAAGAGGAAGCGAAUGAAAGCUUCAAGAAUGUGGACUUAACUGAUCAACAUCCCAACAGCACUGCUGAGAAAAGAUUAAACCCAAAAGAGAGACUGUUCAUCUGUUCUGUGUGUGGUAAAAGCUUUGGUGGCAAUUCUCUGCUGGUGAGACACAUGAGAAUCCACACAGGCGAGAAGCCCUACGCAUGUAACCACUGUGACAAAAGCUUCAAUGAUAAAUCCUAUCUUCUGCGCCACUUAAGGACUCAUACUGGGGAGAAGCCUUACUCUUGCUCUGUGUGUUUUAAAUGUUUCAGCCAGAAUUCCAGUGUCAUUGCUCAUAUGCGGAUCCAUACUGGAGAGAGACCAUUUCAGUGCAGAGAGUGUGACAAGCGAUUCAGCGAUAAGUCAUACUUUGUGCGGCAUAUGAGGUCGCACACUGGAGAGAAACCAUACAAAUGUACCGAAUGCCAAAAAUGUUUUACUCAGACUUCCAGCCUGGCCUCACACAUGCGGAUCCACACAGGAGAAAAACCAUUCAAAUGUCCCUAUUGUGAUAAAUGUUUUAGUCAAAAUUCAAGCCUGGUUAUACAUAAGAGAUUACACAGACGGGAGGAAACACUAGUACGGAGUCAGUCAUGAAGCAUCAACUUAAAGGAUUGUUCCACAUUUUGGUGAAAUCUUUUUAAAAAGGGACUCGUUCUGUGCCCCUUACCUGAAAUGUUUGUGUUUGGGGGGAGGGGGGGUCCUUCCUCUGGAUCGCUGCUGAGUUUCUUGAAUAAGAUUGGGUUCCCACAAAGAAAGAUCAAAGACAGUGGUCCCAGCAGUAUAAUUUGGCAGUGAGGGCUUGGUCAGCGGCAACUUGUUUUUUUUUUUUUUUUAUUCUGAACCCACUAUACACACACAAUACACCACCUAUUCUUGAUCCCGUAGUCACAGCCACAGAGCUGAAUGCAUGGACACUGAGCUGCAACAUUUUACGUAUUUCCACACAUCCACCAAACCCCAUAUCUUCUUAAAUCUCCUGCCCGCAAUGUGCUAAGCUGCUAUGUCGGAGCCUGGUUUCCUACUUUUCUCACUACUCGCAAGGUAAAAUGAUAUAACACUUUCUUCCUACAGUACAUAAUAAGCCUCUAGCCCCCGGAAUUCCUUUGCAGGAAAACUGACUAUCUCAGGAUAAUUGUUUGCAGAUCCGAAAAAAUGUCCUAAUGAUGGUUAGGCUGCUGAGGAAAAGUCAUACUUUUUUAGUGAUAUAUGGGGUUACUUAACAUUGCACCAACUCUAUGAUACAGCAAAUAAUGUAUCUCCUGUAAUGUACCAUGGUAUAUGAAGAAGAGAGAAAUUUAUAAACAACUAGGCUUCACCAAUCCUUCUCCUAUAAUAUAAACACAAUUCAAAUAGAAUGGUGCUUAUGAGAAUGUAUUGUUAAUAAAGUCUUUAUAGACCAUAUACAA